AUGGCGCCAACCGUCGAGAUAUCGAUCCCAACUACCAGCCUCUCCAACACCUCCCCGCCGUACACCAUCUACCACAUCACCCUCCGCCUUCCGCUCCGCUCUUUCACGGUCCCCAAACGCUACUCGGACUUCUCAACCUUCCACAGCACACUCAUUUCCCAAACUGACGCCGCACCGCCAGUCUCUCUACCUUCAAAAACAUGGUUCUCGAAAACAGUCUCGAAUGAACGAUUGCGCGAAGACCGCCGUCGCGGUCUAGAGCAGUACCUCCGCGCGAUUAACGAGUCUGAAGAUGGCCGCUGGCGCACCUCCCCCGCAUGGCGAGCAUUCCUCAACCUCCCCACCGCAGUCGCGUCCACCGGCAAUGGAUCAACAAACACCUCCAACAGACUCCAUGCUGCCAUCACAGACCCAGCCUCUACAAACGCACCCAUCACAGACCCGACACUAUGGCUCGACUACUACAGGGAUAUGAAGAACCACCUUCACGAGGCACGACUACAACUAUCUCGCAGAGACCAGGAGACAACGCCACAGAAGCAACAUGAGAGCUCUGCACAUGCGAAAGGUAGUCUCGUCCGUGCAGGGGCAAUGAUCGCCACUCUGGAGGAAGGAUUGAAGAACCUAGGACGCGGGGAUAAGGGCUCCGAGUCCCAGGCAUCGUCCAGUCUGGGCGGAGGCGAGAUCCGACGACGCAAGGAUCUCCUCAUCAAUGCGCGCAAGGAAAAAGAUGGUCUAGAAGGUCUCUUGCAUGCCAUGGCGACUAAGAGCCGGCUCGAUCAUACCGUCGCGUCGAUACAAGAGAAAGAAGCACUGAUGAAUGCCGGGAAUACUGGUGAUGGUAGUGGGCGUAGGUCAACGGCGCGGGCGGGGAGGGUCCUAGGCAAAGAGACGGAGCGCACGCGAGAGCUUGACAAUGAGGGUGUGCUGCAGUUGCAGAGGCAGAUGAUGAAGAGUCAGGAUGAUAAUUUAGAUGAGUUGAGGAAGGUCAUCCUUCGGCAGAAGGAGCUCGGUACGCAAAUUAACGAAGAGCUCGAGGUGCAGAAUGAGCUGCUCAGGAUGGCGGAUGAGGAGGCUGAUAUAUUGAAAUCCAAGAUCGAUAUUGGAAGAAAGAGGAUCGGAAAGAUCUCUUGA